UGUGGCAGUAGCUUCUAGCGAUGCAGUGCCCCGAAUGUGGAUGCACAGACUUGGAAGAUACUUUUAAAUGGUGCCCAGAAUGUCGUUCUCCUCUGCAUCAUGGUCAAAGUAUUCCAAGUGUCCUCUUGCCGCGAAGCGAUGCUUUGGAAAGAGGACACGACUUUGGAAAAGAGGAAGAACACGUUGAAGGUGAUGGGCAAAAUCAGCAGUGCCAGCUUUCGUACAGAGAUGAGCAUGGGACCCUGUUAAGACAACAAACACAGCCUACGAUUCACUCUAGGCAGCCAGACAUCGAGGGUGGCUCCACCUUCGUUGAUCCGUCAACGGAGAGCGAGAGUAAGUCACCGGAAGGCCAUCGUCAUUCGGCGAAUUCCGCACUAACUUCCCUGUUGCCGACGACCUCGCCUACUGCGAGAGACGGAGGUCUGCCCCAUCGCGCUAGCGCUUCCGCCCCUUACAGUACAGAAUCGUCGGGUUCAGAGGACAAACCAGGUACUACAAAGCCAACGGCAACGCAGCAUGGGAAGCAGCCGGGUUUUGCCGAUAAUGAGGGUUUCAAUAAAGGAUCUACUGAGAGAGAUGACAGCCGAAAUGUUAAGAAAGAUGGCGUCUCUGGUGGUGAAAGCGUGAGAAGCCAAGCAGAACUUGGUCAGGGUGACGUUUAUGCUGAUCAGACCGGAAGUUAUGAUGGAGUUAAUGAUACAAAGAAAGAAGUCAGACAGUCAAAUAAAUCAUCAAAUCAUGGCCAGAUGACCUGUGGUAAAGACGAAACGGUCACUCAUGUUGGAUCACCUUCUGGAGGAAGAGAACCUGUCUUAAAAGAUCCCCUUGGAGGCACAGGGAACGUACAAGGGGGAAAAGACUCAAAGACUUCCAACAAUGGAACCCAAAUUUUGAGUAGGGAAACAGUUGAGAGCCCCACUCUGGUCAAGAGUGGUGCCGAAGGAAAAGAGCUUGGUUCGAGAGAUCCUCUCAAUGGUACAGGAAACACUGGUGAUGGUAAAGAAGGUGCUAAGGGCGUCGCCAACACCUUGAAACAGGUUGAACCAGAGGAUGGAGUCACUGUAAUCUUCCACGUCGUGUUAGCGUCCAACUUAAAUAUGGAAGAAGGACAUAUGCAUAUUCAAGCAGAAGGAGAAGAUUUGGGAGACUUUAAGAUAAACUGUGUUGACAUGAAGUUAGUAAGGGUUGACAAAGGCAAAAACAAAAAGAAGCCUAGGCUCUUCCAAGGACAGUUCACUCUCACCAUCGACCGAGCCCGGAAGGGAAUCAAAUACAAGUAUGUGAUAAUCAAGAAAAAGGUUGUUCUAUGGGAAGAACUGAUAGAGUUUCAACCACCCCAUGGAGGAGUUAUAGUCGAUCGAUUUCUCUUUAUACCAGACAAAUACCUGGAACGUGGUGCAACAUGGCACCAGUUCGACGGAGUAAGCUAUAUUAUCACUGAGAAGGGCUGGUGGGACUCAUUGAAAGGAUUGUUUCGGCCCGAACAAACAGCACAAAAUCGCACAACUGCACUUCUCGCCUUCUUACCAAAGUGGAGAGGCUUUGUUGUUGGCGAGUGCGAGGAAAAAAUGAAGGCAACAGAAGCAGUUAUGGAGUUGGACAAAGUCGUAGACUGCCUUACCAACGUUGGGAUUCAGUUUUCACGCAGACAACCUGAGAGAAGGAAACCACCAGAUUUCAAUAUUGACAAGGUUUUAAUGGACCACUUGGAACCAAAAAUGAAGGAAAAUGCCGCUAUAACAGCCCAGAGUGACGUGCAAAUAGAAGCUCGAUCUUCAGCAUUGGUGUCGUCCUUAGCGAUCGUUCUGAUCUGCAAACAGUACAAAAUAGAGCUUCGGAGAGAACUUGUGUUAUCACUUUUGAGAUGUUUGUCGCUUGCAGCAGAUCCAGCAAAGAAAAAAUGCACGAUUUAUGAAGCAGUUCUGGAAAAUUUUAGUGAAGAACUGAGAGAAAGCGCUGCUAAAGGGAUUGAGGAACUAUGUAACCAAAUUAUGGCGCAACCUCGGAAAUCAGAAGCCGACACGUGGCUAUUUGCUGUACCAUUGUUACAUUUCUUGAGGGGAGAUUCUAUGCCAUUUGAAGAACCUGGUAUUGAAGGAUCGUACCACAAACUUGAUUGGGUUGGAGCUCAGGGACUGAAAAUAAAAGAAUUUCAAAGAUCAGCUGAAAAUUUAAAUCUGCGAAAACUAAUCUCCAGACUUGGUUCAGCCUUCGAGGUCGAUCUUCUGUUAAAAAGGACCUUUCUCCAUGUCAUUCCUGUUGAGGAACUAAACAAGGUUGUUGCGUCGGAAUUGUUCCAAAUUUUCGACAUUUUGUUGGCCCUAGUAACAUGCUGUUCCCGUGCAUACGUACCAUCAGCCAAGUGGGCAGGUGUUUUUCAGUGUAUAAGACUGAUGAUUAUUCAGUAUAACAGGGAAAAAGAAUCAACUUGCACUGACCUUAAAGAGGUUGAAUUUACAGUUUCAUUGUGUCUACAACUGGUUGAAGUCUUCCUAAAAAAGUUGAACAUUUGGGAACACGUGGAUCUGAUCUGUCACACAAUUAAGCUGCUCUUUACAUGUAUUAGUAAGCAGCGACGGGAAUUUGAAGAGAAGCCUGACCAAGAAGAGGACCAGUUAAACGAGAGCAAAACCAUUGACAGGCUACUAAGGAGCCUGAGAGAGAGGUUGUCAAAUGAUCUCUCUCAUACCAUGUCUUAUCAUCACAAGAGUGAACGUCUAGCCAGAGAACUUUCGUUAUGGAGCGAGUUGCUUUGGAUUACGGAUGAAAAUCAAGGAUUUACUGCUUACAGGAAGUUUUUGAUAAAUGAGCUGCUGAGUCGAGCAAGGAAGUUGGAGGGAGUGCACUUGGUUAAAAUUUUUUGUGAAGUAGACAUGGAUGCAUAUGAAGGAGCUGUUGGAGAAUCUUUUUCUAACCUUGCUUUUGAAGCAGUGGAAAAGAUUAUUAGCUUACCAAGAGGAGGAGACGACAUACGUAUUUUUAACCACCUGUCAAAUUCAAAGGCUGGAAAAUCCGGCCAGCUUUUGUCCAUGUUUCUGACAAAGUCGUGGCCAAAAGGUGAAGAACAAUCAGACACGUGUGAUUUGGACCCUCUAAGGGUGGAAUUUCUUCUCACCUGGAAGCCAAUGAUGGGAUACCUCAAGUUCACUACGAAUCCUAAAGUUUUGGGAGAUAAGUCUGGAAGUAGUAUACUUUCGGAUGAUUGUAAGGAGACCUUGUUUUUGGCCAAAUCCUUACUGGACACUCUUGUGAGGGUCAUAUCAGAUGGCUCAGUAACUUUUCAAGUGUUGCUCCUUCUGCAAAGGCACAAGGAAACGUUCUUGGAACUUUUAAUGACAAGUGCUGCAGAGGUCAAAGAUGCUGAGCUUAGCCUGGCUCACCGAUUAGAAGAAAUUCAGGAAUUUUUUGUAGUGAAAGAAAAUUUGGGCACAUUUAUUGGAAUGUGUGAUGUGAUCCAGCCAGUCGAUUCAACCAAGCUCAAGAAUAAAGUGUCUCAGGAUGUUUCAUCUUUCCAGAUUCGAGGCUUGUGCAAACGGGUAGACGACAACCAAAUCGAAAUUAUCUUAUUUAAACUUCCUCCGGCCCUUAAGGAGGUACUUUCCACUCUUGGAAGAGUUCAAAAAAGCUUCACGUUCCAGGCUCUUUGGAGAAAAUUUGGGAAUAAGGCACAAAGAGCCAGGGAAAAUGACGAUGCACGAAAACGACAGCUCACUAUUAGUGAUGUUGUUGAAAAUGUUUGGAAACCAGCUAUUACAAGUUGGGCCCAAACUGUUGCUAGUGUCAAGGAUGGCACAAUUUCUCUUGGAGAUGUUGACAAGCUCUUUGACGGCUACGAAAAUCGCAAAAAGGAACUCGAGGGAGAAUUAUCCUGUAUGUUCAAAGUGAACACCGGCCAAACUGUGAGAAACGCCAGAAAACAACAGAAAAUUGUCGCAGAGCGACUUGCUCAAAUUGAACGUUACCAACAUCUUCAUCAAUACUCCAGUGCAGCUGACACCGUCUGGGAGUUUAAGGAGGCGAUGGGUUUUACCGGGGACUUUAAAGUUAUCGAAGAUAUACGUAAUCAGCUAUCAGUAGAGUUCAAGCAGAAGCCCUUAACCAGCGUCGGGGAAAGCUUUUCAAAGGCUGGUCAAGCUCUUCAAUGUUGCUAUGGUGACAAGGCUCAGUGCUUCAAAGCAGUGGUAGACAGCAGACGGCUGGUGGAGUGGCUACGUUCCACGAUCAAAUCCACCCAAGAGCUAAAGGUUCUUGUUGACCUGGCCUUGAUCUCUGCUGGUGAAAGCGAUAUGGAAACUGAUCGUAUAUCCAGUCUACAUACCAGCUGCCUAGGUUUUGCUCCUCUGAUAUUUGACCUCAAAGAGAGUGAAGGACGUAGAGUGAGCUUUGAUCAACUGAUGAACGCCUGCGAUCCUGUAUGGAAAGCAGUCGAGACGGAUCAGAUGUUACCCAAAAAGCUGUAUGACACUAGCAGGCAUCUGGAGUGGCUAAAAACUGUUAAAGAGUCUCAUGGCUCGGUUGCUAUGACGUCAUUAGUGCAGGCUAAGACUAUCAACUCCAGUGGUGUAUAUCUUGUGGGCCAUUUGGAUGACGAAAAGGGUCUCUCACCAGAACAAGGAAAACGAUUGUCAUUCAAAGAUGUGAUCCGACUGACGGUUCCCCUUAAAGAUCGAAGUGAAAAGGAGCAGAGGAAAACUUACUCUAUUGACGAACUAAAGGAUUUGCAGAGUAAACUAAUGUUGAUCGCAGGAAAAGCUGAAAAAGGGAAGAGUGACGUGGAGCAGUUCGUUAGGAAUCUUGAAGGUGUCAUGCGUUUAGCGACUGCAUACAUCAACCUCUUUGAAUCUGGUUACAUUCAUCGUAUGAAUUGGAGCCAAGAAUAUCACUGUAGCAAAGAUCAAGUCGCGGGAAAGUCUAUUGCGAAGGAAUUGGAUAAGGAAAGCUCCUACAUGGAAAUGUGUUACAAGAACUGGAAAAAGAAGGUCAGUGAUGCAAGGAAGGAGUAUAGAGAAUUGAACUUCUUCACCACGCAGCAGUUGAUGACACUUAGGAAAGAAAUCGCUACAGUUUGCAACAGCAACGACCUCGCUAUUAGCAACAUUCAAGUGCUCACUUUACUGGAAAGUGUUCGUCCUAGCUUGACCAGCGAACAGUUAAAAUCAGCAAUAGAGCGUGCUUUUAAGGAGAAAGAAUUACUCGAGAACCCUAAAGGAACAGCGGAACUGCCUUCGUCCACUCACGUUCCAUCAGACGACGAAAUAGUGACUUACAGGUCAAUGUUUAGCAACAACAACUACUUAGGCACGAGUUCCUCAACAGCAACCAGUACUUGUCAACUACAAACUGCAUCUGUCAAGAGACCGAAGCCGAAGGAAAUAUCGAAGAUUCAAAGUUUCUUGAAUGCAGCUGCCGAUAAUGGUUAUUCGGAGCAGAUUGCAUUAGCUGCUUUGGCGAGUCAAGGUGUUGAUGCAGAAGAAGGCAACUUACUGUUGUGGUGCCGAGAAAAAGCGGACGAGGCUGAUAUCGAGGCUCUUUACGAAGAUGCGAAGCAAAAUCCCAUGAUUGCCCGAGAAAUCUUCCCAGAGGUGGUGGAGUCUAUUGAUCAGGAUGUGCCAGCCGAGGAUUUCCGUGAAAACGAAACCGACUCAGCCCUGCUACUGGAGAUGUCGUCCACGCCUGCUGAAACCAUUGUUGCAGAGCAGGCGGUUAGCAAAGACGGAGAUAACGAAACAGAGAUCAGUCAAUAUCUUACACUCACCCAGCUUGGAAAACUCCUUAGAACACUUUCAGUUGUCGGAAUUCGAGCGACAGCUCGCACCUUUCCAGCAUUCUUAAAAAGAGGACGACCCAACCUCAUACUUGUUCCUAAAGAUGACAUCCUUGCUACAGUCCUCGCCCUCUAUAUGCAUGACGAAAAGCAGCCUUUGCCAAGCCAUGAUAAGGUGCUCCUUUGCACACCUGAGACCGCCACAGAAGAGAUCGAGUUGCUAUGGAGACGUGCAAUAGGGGACAUGGAGGGCCGAUUUUAUUGUCUCGUACACGCAGAUGUGUUGGAUUUUUCAGUCAGUAAGCAAGCAGUGGAAAUGCUUAGUGUAGUGACACGGGGACUUGCUGGCAAGGCUGGAGAACAUUAUGGCCUGGUGGUAAUCUGCAGUAGCGAGAAUGAAGAUCAUGCCAACGUAGUAGCAGCUCUUGAUCAGUAUCGUGUUGCUGCUCCACCUUGUCCUUCGCCGGAUGACCUGCAGAGUUACCUCAAGCAUCAGUUCCAAGCACCUCCUUCUCAGGACAGUUACAUUAGUGGUAGUAAGAUUACUUGGAAAACAGCAGGAUCCCUAGACCCAGGAAAACUCUCCGUUCGAGUUGUCUCAUCACACCGAGGAGGCUUGGGAAAGACUCUGUUUGUUCGUCGCUUAACUGAACAGCUUCCUAACCUAAACAACGACAUGGUUAUGGAAAAUUUGCGAAGACAAGUCUCAAAAACAUUCUUGCACGUGACCGUACCUCUUCAUGGGAAUUCCAUAGACCCGUCGAUGCUUGUUGAUGCGCUACUUCCGCAUGCAGUGAAGGCAAAUGUACCUCUGUCCCGUAUAUUCCAUCUGGACGUGUCACCUUCGUUGAGACAUGGUCUGGACACUCUUAUUUUCAACCUCUUUGUCCUUGGCUACCUUUGUGACAAAAUGGGAAGAGUGUGGAGGAGAAGAAGCACAGACUUGUACAUCAUUGAGAUCACGACCGCUGCUCCCCUACCCACGAGUUUCACCAGGGAGGAAGAAGCUCAAAGUCAAGGGAGACGAUCUGGAAAAUCCACAAUGUCUAAGCGGCCAUUUUGUGAACUGCUACCUACUAUUGAGUGUCAAACUCCAACAACUGUUCUCAGCCGUUUAGCAGAUACUCCAGAUAAACAUGACUAUAAUCCGCUGUUUGACGUCAAAGAGUUUCGAAACCCACCGUUCCAGAGGGUUUAUCAAUAUCUGAAACUGUCAAAUGAAGGAGAGAAUCUUGACAAUUUUACGUUUUCGCCUGAAAAUGUUGAUGAAGAUCGAUGGAAAUGCCUCAUGCUAAUUCUCAGAAAUUGCGGUAUUCCUGAUCCCUCGUGGUCAGAGAUUCGUCAUUUUGUGAGUUUCUUGAACUCGCAGCUCCAAGACUGUGAACAGAGUUGUUAUUGUAACAUGCAGCUAAUGGGGGCUGUUUUAGCAGGACCCAAUGUGCCGAAUCUUGAAGGCUUCCGCUCUUUUGUUGUGCGCUUUAUGAUACAAAUGUCAAGGGAUUUUGCCACUCCAUCUUUGACAAAAGAGAACACUAUAUUCUACACAGAGGAUAAAGCAGAGCUUGAGCGGAAAGAGAUCGAACAGUUUCAAUUGAGAAGACACUGGGAAGGCAGUCCUCAUCCCUACCUGUUCUUCAACCAAGAUCACAUAACUAUGACUUUUCUUGGUUUCUUCAUCAAUUCCGCUGGUGAUCUUGUUGACCCACAAAGAAGUGAAACUUUGGAGAAGGGUUUAAUGUCCAAACCGUUGCGGAAUGGUCUGCGGGCUCAAGGUGUCGAUUUUGACACAAACAUAGAGACCUCCAAAAAAGAGGACAAGAUAAAUCAGUUAUGUUCUGUGAUGGGGGUAAAAUGGUCCUACGAUCCAGACAAAGCCUAUGAAUUAACUACAGACAAUGUCAAGAAGAUUCUGGCCAUUCACAUGAGAUUCAGAUGCAACAUCCCUGUGAUCGUGAUGGGUGAGACAGGUUGUGGUAAGACCCGUCUCAUUCGAUACAUGUGCGGCCUACAAGCAGGGCCUGAAGGACCCCGAAACAUGCUUCUCGUUAAGGUUCAUGGUGGUACAACAUACGAAGACAUCAAGCUCAAAGUUCAUCAAGCAGAAGAAAUGGCCCGCGCAAAUCAAGACAAGAAUGUUGACACGGUUUUGUUCUUUGACGAAGCCAACACCACUGAGGCACUGACCAUGAUUAAGGAAGUUAUGGUGGACCGAAGAAUCAAUGGUCGACCUAUUGGACAAGGCAUAGAAAGGCUGCAAUUUAUUGCUGCAUGUAAUCCUUACAGAAGGCACACAGAUGACAUGAUCCACAAGCUGGAGUCAGCUGGCCUUGGAUAUCACGUGAAAGCAGAUGAAUCAGAAGAUCGGCUGGGUCAUAUCCCUUUACGUCAUCUCGUCUACCGUGUACACGCCCUCCCAGGGAGUAUGCGCCCGUUGAUAUGGGAUUUUGGUCAACUGAAACCAGAUAUAGAGAGACUUUAUAUCAACCAAAUUGUCAGCCGUUACAUUCUUUACGAUGGACAAUUGGUAGGAGACCCUUUGACAGUAGAAGCAAUCGCUGCAGUUCUGGCAGCCUCGCAAAAAUAUAUGAGAGAUCAAUCGGAUGAGUGCAGCUUUGUUAGUCUUCGUGAUGUUGAGAGAGCCAUGCAAGUGAUGGUCUGGUUUUAUAAGCACGUGGAUACACUUGGUAGACUUAUGAGAAAGGUGACUGCUGAGCAACGAAGGGAGGAAGGUUUAGACGUCGAUGAAGAUGAUGACGAGGAGGAGGUGAACUCAAUCACUCCUCUUACCCGUGCCCUGGUACUCGCCAUUGGUGUCUGUUAUCAUGCCAAGCUUCAGGAGCAGCGUGAAGAAUAUCGCAUUUUCGUAGCACGCAGCUUUAAGGCGCCAUGUUUGCUUCCAGGUGGUCACAAGCAGAUACACCGUGAGAUUUCAAGUUGUCAAAAAGCUAUGCUAAACGAGUUGGAUCUCGGCCCCAACAUCGCUCGCAACACAGCCUUGAGCGAAAAUGUGUUUAUGAUGGUGGUGUGCAUUGAGCUCAGGAUCCCAUUAUUUGUGGUUGGAAAACCAGGCAGCUCAAAAUCUUUGGCCAAGACAGUUGUUGCUGAUAACAUGCAAGGCGAUGCUGCAAGAUCGCUACUAUUCAAGACCUUCAAGCAGGUUCACAUGGCAUCAUAUCAGUGCAGUCCUCUUUCAACCCCUGAGGGUAUCAUGGCGACUUUCAAGCAGUGUAGCAAGUUACAGGAGGGAAAAAAUCCAGACAAGUUUGUUUCAGUUGUAGUCCUUGAUGAGGUUGGUCUGGCAGAAGACUCUCCUCUCAUGCCUCUUAAAACUUUACAUCCAUUGCUCGAGGAUGGUAUAACAACUGCUGAUGAGGUCAUUGAGACUGACGAGAAACCGCAGCGCGUAGCUUUCAUUGGAAUCUCAAAUUGGGCCCUGGAUCCCGCUAAAAUAAACCGUGGAAUCAUGUUGUCGCGUGGGGUUCCAAGCGAGGGAGAACUUAUAGAAAGUGCUAUGGGAAUUUGCUCCACGGAUGAAGUGGUGAAAGCUCUUAUCCUGCCUCUCAUAUCUCCAUUGGCCGCUGGAUAUGCACAACUUUACAAGGAACAGAAAAAUUUUGCAUCGUUAAAAAAAUGUGGCAAAGAAGAAUUUUUUGGUCUUCGUGACUUUUACAGCCUCAUUAAGAUGGUGUACGCAAUCGCUGCAAAAUCUCAUCAGAGACCUCGCUGGCAUGAACUAGAACACGCUAUCAAGAGGAACUUUGGUGGCCUAAUUGAAAGAGACCCUGUAGAGAUAUUCAAACGCUACUAUACCGAAAAAGACGAUGACAACGUAGGUGAAACCUCCACAACAAUAAGAUUGAUCGAGGCAAGUCUUGGAAGGGAAGACGUUGCAGAUAGAGCCAAUUUCAGUGAAAACCGUUACCUUCUGAUUCUGACUGAAAAUUACGCCGCCUUACCCAUCAUGCAGCAGCAUCUUUUGAGAACAGCGGAUGAUGCAAUUGUCAUCUUUGGAAGCAGCUUUCCUAAUGACCAAGAAUAUACUCAGAUCUGUCGCAACAUCAAUCGCAUCAAGGUUUGUAUGGAGACAGGAAGAACAGUGAUCUUAUUGAACCUUGAAAGUCUCUACGAGAGUCUGUACGACGCCCUAAAUCAGUAUUAUGUGUACUUUGGAGGACAGAAGUAUGUAGAUCUUGGGCUUGGUACUCAUCGCGUCAAAUGUCGUGUUGAUGAUCGCUUCAAAUUAAUCGUGAUUGCUGAAAAGGACGUGGUGUACAACAACUUUCCCAUUCCGUUGAUCAACCGCCUAGAGAAACACUUCCUUGUGACCUUAACAAGUUUGACUCCUGACCAGAAGGACUUGGUACAGAAACUGCGCACCUGGGCCAGUGAAUUUGCUGAGGUUUCGGGUGAAGACAGACGUGGCAGGGACUUCUCCAUUGGAGACGCUUUUGUUGGAUUUCACGAGGAUACAAUUCCCUCCAUUGUCAUGCAAGUCUGUAAUGAAAUUGAAAGAGAAGACCACUUAUCGGCAAGUGAUGACACAAAGGAUACAUGGGAAAUGAAAGUACUUCGAAGAUCUCGGAUGAUGCUUUUAGAGAUGGCUACACCUGAUGCAAUUGCUCGCCUUCCUCACACUGCUUUAGAAAGACAAGCCCCUCAUUUCUGGAAUGACUACUUCAAAAAACAACAGCACUCAAGUUUGGCGAAGUUCAUGUCGCACGUGCUCAAUUUGGAGGAUAGUCGUUUUGAUGAAAAACGUCAGGAGGGGCUCUUGAUUCAAAUUACUACUCAUUCACGUCUGCUUUCUAAAAACGAUUUGGGAGACAUAUGCAAUCAAACUGGCUUUGAACGGUCGACUGUGGAUUCUAUGACACUUCAACAGUUUCAAACGGAACAACAGUUUAGAGCUUCAGUUAGAACCUUUUUUAAACACCUUAGAGGAGACUAUCCUGGUAUUCUUCUUGUUCAGUGUGAUUCAGGAGACGAAAACUUCGACCUGAUUGCGGGUGCAAGACACAUUUUGCUGGAAGAACGAACAAACGCGUCUGAAAUUCUUAAUUUGUCUUCGUUGGUAGCUGUCCACAUUGUGCUGAUCACACAGUUGCCAAGAAUUCCUGGUGGAUGUCGUAACUUUGUUGGUUUCCAGGGUGGAAAAUGGAUGUCCGUUCACAUUGACGAACUUCGUCCACCCGGUAAGAACACUCCUUCCAUCGAGCAACUCAUCGAUCGUCCCAUAAGUGAGCUUUUUAAUGGAGACCGCAUUGAGGAAGAUAACGACAUACCAGCGGUGACGGUGGCGGUGAAGCUCCUUCGUAACUGUGUGCAGGCGGCUGCUUGUAGGGUUGAUAGCGAAACGGAAUCAGCGGAACGGUCAACUCAUAGGAUUGAGCUGCUUUUGGAUUUACUGCCUGAUGACUACCAAACUCAGGAUGAAGAGUCGUUUGCAAGCGUGGUGGUACGAAGAACAUACCACCUCUUAAAGGAAAGAGAACUAACAGCGGCAAAUCCACGAGGAUGGCUCCAAUCAGAAGCUCUGUCGGGAACAGGGGUGCAAGAGUGGGGCACCUUUAGAAAGGCUCUUCUGCAGCGAGUGUUCUCAGUUGUGGUUCCUAUUUUGGCCGAGAUCAUUGCAUUGGCAGACAGAGACUGUAAUUUAGACUUUAUGGAGUAUAACAACACGUGGGUUUCGAGGCUGUGGCUGAAGAUCUUGGCCGACCGUAGCAUCUCAGAGCUUAGUUACAGUGACAUGAUAUCACCCGCUAAUAAUUCUGUUCGAGAACGUGUCCAAGUUAUUGGUUCAGGGGCCGGUGGUCAUCGUUUUUCUUGCCGAUUUCCAUUUUCGUUUGUUAUCAAGCAACGCGUGGAAAAAUUGUUAAAAGACGCAUUUAGUGUUGAAGCUCGUUCUAGCACCACUCUGUUGGAAUCUCUUCGUGAAUUGAUCGGCAACUCACAUUUGAGACGUCCAUUUGAUGAACUGCGUCGUCUACACUCCCCGGGACUGCAGUAUCUGAUGGAUUUUGUUCAUAUGGUGUACAAGCCCUCAAGCGAUAUGGAAUACGAGCUUGUUUGCGAGGCUAUUCUUUCGUCAGCGAGAGAAAUCUUUACUCUGGAAGAUGAGGAUGGUAACGAGUCGAUUGAUAUAGCACUCGUUCAUGUUGCACAUAGUAGAGCUCAACACCGUUUAAAGUGUUUUGAUUCACUCGUUAAAGCGAAUCCAGAUCUGGUACGAAAACUACGAGUAGCUCUUCAAGGAAACAAGCCAGAAGUGCUUUUGGAUGUCAUAGCAUUGAACAUUUGUCUUGGGGCAUUGGAGCCUUCACGAGAGAUGUUGCUUUCUCCGGAGAAACGACGAAUAUGGUGUGACAGAAUUUUGUCUAUAAGGCCAGUGGUGGAAGAUAUGAUAAGGAAAGAGAGGUUUGGGCCUGUCGUGGAGAAAUGUUCAAACUAUGGAGAGAAAUCGACAGUAAUGCUUGGUCACUGCAGAUUCAUGUGGCAGCGAACAGGAGCUGUUCGACUCUUUGUGGAGCACGUGAUUUUGUACGCUGAAAAAGAUAAAGUUGUCACUUCCGAGAGCGUUAUCAGGUUGUGGAAGGUUUUGGGAGAUGAAACUGACUUUUCAACGCUGAGAUCGCUGCAAGCCAUUGAAAAAUUCUUGAUUAACUACAGUGAAGACAUCAAGCAGAGGAGCAAUGAAGAGACUGCUUCUGAGUUACGUCGUCGAUGUAAUGCCUUUUUCAUGGAGCUGGUGUCAAUAUUCUGUUUUAGUGACUUAGUGUCAAAGGACCUUGAAAAGGAAGCUAUCACUCUGCUUAUGCGCUAUGUUAUCGGUCAUCAGUCAACUCAGACUAAGGAUUUCUCUCCAUUCCCUGAUUAUGCUAUUGACCCCACCCCUGUGGUGCGUUCAUUUCUUCUUCAGCAGCUAUUGCGCUCCAGUGUGAAGUUGACAAGGUUGGUAAAAGAACAUCUUGGAGUUUUCUUGCGUGGGGCUCGGAAUUUAAAACCAGAACCUUCGCACGUCAAAGAAGUUUGCUUCUUAUGCGUCCAGUGCAUGGAGGACAUCCUUAUCAGCCGUUAUCAAGCCAAAGUGGUCAAUUCGAAGUUAACAGUAAAGCUCAAACAUGCCAAAAAGACUUGUGAAGAGGCAUUAACGGCUCUUACGGCCAGUGACGAGGAUUCUGCUGAAAUGAGCGCUCUUUCUCUGGAUGGGGUUGCUAAAGGACGUUACGUCUUAUCAUUGGUGGCAGAGUACCUUUACAAAUUGUUCAUUGAGGGAGAUAACAGUUACAAAGACCUUGACGCCAAGAGAGAAGUGAUGUUUUCAUUAGAGUCUGCAAGGAAGCUUUGUAUGGAAGUGUCGAGUUCAACACCGCAGCUCUAUCUGCUUAAACAGCUUGUCAGGCGGUAUGGCUUGGACUGUGUCCGAACUCUGGGUAAAUAUGAGGAACUGGCUUGGAUUUUACCACCAGAGGCUAGACAGCAGGAGGAAGAUGUGAUCCAAGACAGGUUUCUUGUUCAUGGAGAGCAAUAUCGUGUUGUCCGUGAGGGACUGGCUAAAACUGUCAUCAGUGGGAAAAUCCAAGACACUGUCUCUGCCAUCACGGAAACUGGAUUACAAGGUUUCAACAAAAAUGUACUCCUCCUCCUUGUGAUGUACCGUGAAAUAACAAUGGCAAACGUUUCACCAGUUCAGACACAGACUUUGUCUCAGGAGGUGAGGGCAAAGCUUGAUGAUUUCGUAAGAAACGGUGGACACUUAUCUGAAACGGCUCAACCUUUCGCCAGAGAACUUCUUACGAACAGCCAAGGAGGACAAUUUCAGAAACUCCAAAUCUAUAAUGGUAAAACCCCACAGGAGCACACUUUGGCUGAAAUUGUGAUCCACACAGCAGUAACCUUACAGUGUGUUGGUCCAGGAUCUUUGGCUCAACCUCUCUACGCCCUCAUGACGGAUCCAUCGACCAUGAAUAACUCGUUUCUACCAACAAUGCCCGAGGAUAACUACCUUGAGUGCAUGAAUGCCAUCGCUGAAACCAUGAAGGGAACUAACUGGAAGGGAGAGUGGUAUGAGUGCGGCAACCGUAACUGCAGAUAUUUGUACUUUAUUGGAGAGUGCACUAAACCAAUGGAGAAGAGCACCUGUCCAGACUGUGGAAGAGUAUUAGGAGGAGAGAAGCACAAGUUUUCAGGAGAAUAUAAAGUUUCCGACAGGAGAGACAGGACGAAGACUGGUCACGCCCUCGGAGAACCUGCUUCGAGACCUACUCAUGCUGAACCACAGAGAGACAUGUCCCCGAUAGUAUGCAGUGUCUUGAGGAUUAUCAUGCACUCGGCCAUGGUCAUGGGAGCAUCCAGAAAUCCCCAGGCAACCGCACUGCUGAUUACACCUUCAUGCCCCUCGCAGUCUGAGGGGCAAUUCUUAUGGGAGCACUUGCAGAGAGACCUUGAUGUUCUCGGUAGAGCACUGGGGCGCAGUGUUGAUGACGCAGCUCUUACAGUUCAUCUGGCAUUAGCACGAAUGAUCUCGCGAAAUGGAGGACAAACUGCAAACGCGCAUGACAUGCGACUUCAAACCCGGGAAAGUCGUCGCUGCUGGGAAAAGGAUUUCUGCGCUGAGAUUCUUAAUCCUGUCAUCACCAAUCUUGACAAGAAACUACAGAACGCCUCAAAACUCUUGAUGGGUGACGAAAGACUCGGAAAUGAUUUCUUGGUACGUCAACUGUACAAGUUCGAUGAGUACGUGGAAGACUUGUCUCAGGGCGUCAGGCCCAUGUCUUACACUCUUUGGAAGUACAGGCAGCAUAUCACCGUAGAGGACCUGAGUAGUUCUUUUCAGAGAGAAGUCCUUUUUGGUGGCGAACAGGAAUACAAAGUGCUGGACACAUUCCUUAAACAGGAACACAAGUUGCGUUUCGUCCAGUUUCUACCCGAUGUUGUUCGCCUCCAGCGACUAUUAAUGGACAGAUUCCACCGACGAAUUGAUAGAGUGGAUGCGGAGAAAUAUACAAUCCGCGAAUUUCUCAAGGACCUUCCUAAAGGACCUGUGAAAGAGGAGUAUACGAAUCUACUCCAGAGUUUCAAGAAUGCAUGGAAUGCUUGCAAGUCAUUUCUCGGUGAUCAAGGUCGCCUGCGCGUCCCACAAGACCUUUGUAAUACCGAUAUGGACGACAAUUGUCCAAUCGCGAUGGUUCUUCCCAGCACCACCGGGAUGGGAGUCUGUACGACCUCGCUCACCUUUUUCCUGGUUAAUGCAAACAACGAGUCUCUGAUAGCCUACCGUAGUGCAACUAAUCAAGACAGUUCCUUGGAGCGUGUCUUCGUAUCAGAGGUGACCUUGUCGCACUUAAUAGCCUAUGAUCCUGAGAGAGACCUGUUGCCCCUCAUCCUGGCUCAUUGUAACUACUCUCUGGAGGUGGGACAGGAGACCUUAGUUCAAUACGAUUGGGCGGCUCUGGAGAGACAGCUGAUAGACAGGUUGUUUAGGGGAAGGCCUUUUGUCGAGUUCAAGGAGGAACGUUUUGCGUUCAGCAGAGACACCCAAGAUGACGCAGUUUUCACCUCCCUCACUGGAAAAAUUCCUCAGGAACCUAUUUCCCGCGUCGUUGAAAGUCAGAUUAUUAAUGAUCUGCGGUCUUCCUUGUCUGAUAUCUGUGAUGUUAUGUCGUCUCUGGAUAUUGCCAUUGGUUUUCUUGCCUCAUCGGGUGGCCAGCCGGAGAGCCCUUUAAAAUGGUACUUACAUGACGUACUUAAGCUACCCAACGAUCGAGGUCUCAAGAGUGCAACAGCAGAGCAGCACUGCAGUUUAUCCCACACCCUGGCAUUGUGGCGGCUUAUGGCACUCGAGAGAGCAAAAAUCAAGUCCAGGAACAAACAGGAGCCUUUUGAGCAAUUACCUGACGUUUUCAAGGAAAAACUUGGCUCAAGAGAAAAAGCUAGGCUAAAUCGCGAGUUGCUAAAAAUCGACAUGGACAUAUUUCUGCCGCAACUACUUCAGAUUAUUAUUCUGAAUGUGAAAAGAGAUGGUGAAACGAUUUCGACGAUGAGCUUUGAAGAUUACUUGGAAUGUUGUUUAGCCGACAAAGGCUUGGAAUCAAUCCCAGGAACAGAGAACAUACCGGACAACAUCAAAAUGGCGCACCUAAAAGACGUUUGGAACUCCGCUGUUCAGCUAAGCGAUGACUUCCACAAAGAUCGUAAAGCAGUCUAAUCUUCUCCUUAAUUUUAAAAUGCUGGCAUGUAGUAAAUACUUCCAUUUUUUAGCUACUUUAAGGUAUUUCGUUGUUGUAGUUAAUGAAUAGGACCAGCCAGUUUCCUUUGCCACGUAAAAUUACCUUUGGUUUAUUUAGAUUAUUAGGAAAAAUUCCUCUCGAUGCCCCCUCUGCAAAAAUAGUAGAAAUAGCAGGAACUUCUAUGUAUAUGAAAAGUAAGGGGAAUGGUACUAUUGAUUAAUUUUUCAUAAUUUGUUUCUUAUGCAGUCUAAAGAUAACUCAGAAUGCUACAGCUGAGAAUGAUAUAAGCAUGACGUGCAAGUUUAAACCGCACUUUCAAUUAAUAAUAUUAAGUUAGUAUAGAAAUAUCUAUUCCAUUAAACUUUUGCAUAAAUUUUUCCUUU